AAUAGAAUCACUAUAAAAACCUAAUCGCAGGGGCAUUUUUCAGCAGUUUGAUUUUGUUGUGGGUUGUGGAUUGUGGAUGUGGGUCGAAAGUAAGGAAGCUUCCAUGGUUUUGAAUACAGUUACUUCCUUUGGAGGAGGUCACAAGUAGCAUUUAAAUCCAAUAAAUCGACUCAAUCUCUUCAUUCUCUCAAACUCUCGAACACUAUUUUCCAAUAUUUAAUAAACAUGUCGUUUUCAUUGACGCCUUCUAAGAGAUCAUAUGAGCGGAGCCUUACUGAUUCUAAUGGGAAAGGGAAAUGGCAAAAGUCAGGAGGUUUUUAUUCACAAAAUCAAUUGUUGAAAAUCUCUCCUGGUACCGUUGUUUUUCGUGUACUCUGCCCUGCUUCUAAAACUGGUAGUGUCAUUGGGAAAGGUGGCACCAUAAUUUCACAAAUACGUCAAGAAACUGGUGUAAAGGUAAGGGUUGAGGAAACUGUGUCCGGAUGUGAUGAGAGAGUGGUACUUAUCACUGGUUCUGAUAAAGACACAGAAGCUGACAAUGAGCAGAGCAAAGAAGAUGGUGAGGACACUAAGGCAGCUGAAGAAGUUAGUGAUACAAAGGAACCUGGUGAGAAUGAUGAAGAUAAAGAAUCCGUUCCUGUGGAAGAUUCACAAGUUGAAAAGGGAAUUUCAUCUGUGCAGAAAGCUCUUUUACUUGUUUUUGAAAGAAUGGCAGAAGGAGAAUCAGAGACAAAUGGAGGGGAUGAAGAUAGUAAUAAGUCUUCUACUUUUGUUGUAAGGUUACUUGUGCUUUCUAGUCAAGUGGGCUGUCUUCUGGGAAAGGGUGGCAGUGUCAUCAAGCAAAUGUCAGCUGAAAGUGGGGCACAGAUUCGCAUUCUUCCUAGGGACAAGCUUCCUCUAUGUGCAUCACCUUCUGAUGAACUGGUUCAGAUCACCGGGGAAUUGGAUGCAUGUAAACAAGCUCUUCAAUCUAUUUCUCAACAACUUCUGGAGAAUCCACCUCGGGACUAUGAUAUAGUUUCUACCAAUCCUACUGGGUCAUCAUCUCAUUUAUUUGGUCCUCCUCUUCCUAGGUCUGAAGCACAGCCACCGCCAAACUACUCUUUCCCUGCACAAGGUGCACCUUAUGCUGCUGGGGUUCGUGAUACCGAUUAUCACUCAAAUACUCCCCAACUUCAUAAAUUUCAUGAAAGUGGCAUGCCUGGUCGGAUGAAACCUCAGGAUAUUCUGACCUUCAGGUUAUUGUGUCAUGAUGAGAGGGUGGGAGGUAUAAUUGGAAAGGGAGGAACCAUAAUUAAGAACCUUCAGAAUGAGACAGGCUGUGAGAUCAAAGUUUUGGAUGGUGUUCCUGAUUCAGAGGACCGGGUCAUUUUCAUUUCUGGUUCAGCGCACCCAGAUGAUAGGAUAUCUCCAGCCCAAGAUGCAGUUCUCCGUGUGCAGAGCAGGAUAGUCAGGGCUAUACCUGAUAGCAAGGAGAAGACUGUGAUAGCAAGGCUACUUGUGUCUUCCACUCAAAUUGGUUGCCUCCUAGGGAAGGGUGGUGCCAUCAUAGCUGAAAUGAGGAAAUUAUCUGGGGCUCAUAUACGUAUAUUGGGGAAGGAUCAGAUUCCAAAGUGCGCUUCAGAAAAUGAAGAAGUAGUUCAGAUAAAUGGAGAAUUUGAAGCAGUUCAAGAGGCGCUUUUGCAGAUAACCACUAGGUUGCGGCAUCAUCACUUCCGUGAUGCAUUUUCUGUCAACCAUCCAUCUAAUCCUGCUUUUACAGAUCAAGUACCGCCUUUUCCUCCAUAUUUGGCAAGGAGGGAAUUUUCACCUCCUGGGAUGUAUUCUAAUUUAGGUCCAUCCUUUCAUAAGUUUGAUGCUGUUGGUGUCCUGCAUCCACAUGGUGGUUUUCAUCCCCAUGAUGAUCGAGCUCCAUUUAUGCACAGCAUCCACAGGCUGGGCAUCCCCCCUCAUAUUCCUGAAAGAAAGCCAUCUUCUGCACCAUGGGGUCACCAGGGCCUGAUUGAAGGUGGUGUCCCAAUAGGAUUGGCAGACUUUGCAGGAGGCCCCCAACGAAGAAUACCAGGAUUUGGAGGAGGAAGCCAACAAGCUAUUAUCACAAGCACCACUGUCGAAGUUGUUGUUCCUCGUUCUCUUGUUCCUUCAAUUUAUGGGGAGGAUGGUGGAUGUUUGAGACAAAUCCGGCAGAUUUCUGAUGCAAAAAUUACCAUUACUGAGCCUAAACCUGGAGCAUCAGAAACUGUGAUUAUAAUAUCUGGGACGCCUGAGCAGACCCAUGCUGCACAGAGUCUUAUUCAAGCAUUUGUGUUAAGUGAGACGGAAUCGCCUUGAUAUUUCUUAUUGAGAUUAUGACGAUUGCAGAACGAGAGAAUACUAGUUUGCAGUUUUGUGAGUACCGCUGAACUUAAUACUAGGGACAGUCUCAAACUUUGCAGAUUCCUCUGACCACUCAUGGACAUUCCGCUUCAAUUUUACUGGAUGUCUUAUUUAAGUGUUCAAUAUUGUGCCUUUAGUGCCCAUGAAUUGAAAGCCGAAUUUUACCUUUUUCCCUCAAUGUUUGGAUUGAAUGAGGACUUAUGAAGGGCUGUGAAGAUGUUAUAUCAAUGCCAACCUGUACUUGUGCCCAUGCACAUGCAUGUGUGCAUGCAUGUGUUUGUGAAAAUUUUUCUUUAUUGGAUAAGUUGACCUCAAAAAGUUAGUUUCUGGCAAUGCAUUCUUAGAUUUCCAAUUGAAGUUUAAUCUACUCUCUUCUGAUUCUAAAAUUUCUUUCAGAAAGCUCCCUGAUUACUAUAUUUGGCUUUGGUGUUAAAUAUUUGGAGAUUCUUUUCACUUUGCAAGCCUGGACAUGCACAAAAUCAUCCUUCUUGGACAUGAUUUUACAAAGUAGAAUUAAAUAUCCAGGGUUAAACGAAUGGGUUGAAACUCAAUGUAAGAAUGGUAAAAUGGGUGAUCUAGGUGAAGUUAUUGCUUUAUAAUCUGGUAUCUUUGAAUAUAAUGAUUUUAACUGGAGUUGCUUUGAUUCUCUUUUCUGUGUUUUUUAUUGUAGAAUUGCCUGGUAUGCUUCAAAGUUAAUGACUUGAUUUGGAGUUGAUCUCAUUCAGAAGCUAUAUUAUGUGUACUUAUGUAGAUUGGUUAGAAUAUGCAUAGAUAAGAUGUCAAUGUCUAUAAUAGAUUUUGUUGAUUGAACAGGGUUCUUAGUAAGGGGAGGGAGUUGGUUUUUGUUUCUUUCUUCUUGUUCUCUUCCAUUUGGUGUGCCAUUUUGCUUUCCUAUCAAAAAGCUUGAUUUUCUAGUUUGCCAUAAUAUUAAGUUUGCCCUUCUCCUUAAGGAUUGCAAUCCAUACUGUAUCAUUAUAGUCUGUACUUUCCCUUGCUUAAAGAGGCCUUAUUGUGGCUUUUAAGGCCAUUCUACCCAUCUAAGGAGUAACUAGAGGUAAUUUGAAUCAUGUUGGAGGUUUCUACAUGUAGGAACUUGACAAAAUAUUCUGUUAUGAACAGCCUUGCAGUUGUUUAAUCCAUAUGGAAAGGCUAACUAGCUGAGUGCAAUUUCACCUCCAAAAAAGAAGUGAUGCAUUUUCCAUGUUUGUAUUGAACUUUUGCUUUGAAAGUGUGUUUUCAAAUGGUCGUGCUUAAAUCUAACGAGCUAUCCUAGAUACUAGAGUCUGGGAUUUGAAGUAUCAGUCCAGGAGGAUGUAUCUGCAUCAAUAAGCAGUUGAGUCUUUAGUGUGUGUGAAUUUGAUUGAUUGGUUAGAUGGUACUCUUUUGUGUAAAUGCUCAAGCUACUAGAAAUACUUACAACACAGAAGAACAUGCAUGAGAAAAAAAUCCUAUUCUUUUCAUUAUGAAUUACUCAUAGGCAAGGCUACUUAGUUGUUGGCUUAAACCAAGUUGAAAUUAGUCUCCAUUAAGAAUUGAACUUGGACCAUUUCACAAACCCUCCCCAACCCUUUACCACUUGAGCCAGGCCUCAAGGGCUCAUUUUGAGUGCUUUAUAUGUAUUUUUCCAUGUGCUAGCUAUAUCAUGUGGAUAUCAUCUUAUAUGGCAACCUUUAGUAUCCACUUUAGUAAUUGGCUGCUACCAAGCCUAUAGAACACCACUGAUGAGAACUAAGUUUAUAACAUAACUACAGGGGGUAGCAUGGUUGCUAAAAUUGAAAUUGAUAGGAGACCAUAUAGGGAUUAUAUAUGUCAUUUUUUAUAUAGCUAUAUUUUUGUCCCUCUUGGGACUUGAACUUGGAACCUCUAGCAAGCUCCUCCCUAACCCCCUUUUACCACUUAGCCAGGCCUCAAGGGCCAUAUAUGUCAUGUUUGAUUUGCGUUUUUUUUUCUCUAUUGCUUGAUGUUUGUGAUGCUGUUGGAGUAAUGACAGGAAACAUAAGCUACUAUUUCUUUGAAUUUAUAGUGGUCUAUGUUUAAUGAUUAUUGGUAAAAAUGGAGAAAGAAAAAAGGCAAAAUGAACUUUUAAGCAACUCUGUUAAAUGACCUUGUUUUCAUAAUAUUGGUGGUGUAUUUAUGAUCACUGUUGCAAUGGAUGCAGUUCUCGACAAUGUUUAAUAGUGCAGUCGAUUAAGAUUGUUUUCAGGUUUUGCAUUGUCAAUGGCCUAUGCAUUGCUUUUCUGGUUGGACUCUGGCUAGAUAUUGAUUCGGUAUUGCUUUUCUUGUUUUUUUUCUAAUUUUCACCAUUCCAUAUUCUAUGAUUAGUGAUUUGCUUCUCCUUUGUUGUGAAGAGAAUUGUUAUUACUGUCUCCUAAAAUAAAGUUUAUCUUCAUUCUUUUUAUCAUGUGGAGUGAUUUUAGACGAUGAAGCUCAUCUACAAUGAACAAGUUCCUGAAGGAUUGACAGUUUUAUACCUGCAACCUAUACCUAAAACAACCACCCUCCUUUUUAUCAGUUUUUGAUUGGCCAGGAAAAAACAUGUGCUCAGGUUAUGCUUUUCUUCUGCCAUCAACCAUAUUUCUUAUAAGCAAAUGUUUAUGAAGUGAACACAGCUGAAAUUAGGACAUUGAGGUAGAUAGAGUAACCAAGUCAAGAAA